AAAAAAAAAUCCAAGUCCCAAUGUUAAAAUUUUUAUUUACUGUCGUUUCCGCAUUUGAUAAACGAUACGAAAUAUUCUGCAGGCAUAAAAAGCAAUGACUAUUUUGAAAAUAUUAGGGAAAACUUGUGGUUUUAUUGGUUAUGUUAUACAAUAUGCUUGUGUUACUCACUGUACAUUUGAAUACUUAGGGGAUUUUGUUAUGUGUUCCGGUCCAUCUAUGGAGCCGACUUUAGAAUCAAACAACAUAUUGCUCACAGAGCAUGUAACACCUCGUUUGUUUAGGCUACAACGUGGAGACAUUGUUAUAGCAAAGAACCCAACAAAUCCCAAACAGAAUAUAUGUAAAAGAAUUGUCGGUUUACCGGGUGAUAAAGUAAAGGGAUAUUUCCCUAGAAGAAGUCAUAUUGUGCCUCGAGGUCAUGUAUGGUUAGAGGGGGAUAACUCGGGAAAUUCAUCGGACUCUAGAAUAUAUGGACCAGUUCCACUUGGGUUAAUUAGGAGUAGAGUUCUAUAUAGAGUUUGGCCUUUAGACAAGUUUACUUCAUUACAAGAACAUUGAUUACUUUAAAAUAUUCAAAGACACUUUUAUGUGUGUUAAAUUUUUAAAUAUAUA